AUGAACGCCGGUACAGACUUUAUUACUAAUUUAAAUAAAGUCAACCAACAACACGCGCCACCGAAUGUUGAGGAUGGUUUAUUACCUUCAGGACAUCAAGUAGAAACUGGUUAUCUUCUAAAUCUGAAUGAAGUUCAGAGACAAGACGCCGGAGUGUAUCAAUGUACAGCUUCCAAUGGAAUAGGACAACCAGUUACUGGAGAAAUAAAGCUUCAUGUAUUAUGUAAAUCCCCCGAAGUCAGCGUUAUUCGGUCGUGGGUAAAUGCCGGAGAAGGAGGAGAAGCUAAGCUGGAUUGCGUAGUUCAUGCUGAUCCUCCCGCAGAAUCACGAACGACUCUGAACAAUCUGACGAUUCUUUCGAGUUCUGGUAAGUUAACUGAUAUCAAGGAACAGAUUGAACAAGAAAAUCCUGAAGAAAGCUAUAUGAAUCAAGAAGUUUGUAAGAAUGAUUACGUACUUGUACGAUUUUCUACCAAAAAGACUUCCGACAUCACAUUGCCAAAGUCAUAA